AUGUCUUCAGGCAAGACCGUCACCCUUAGCUCUGGCCACAAGAUCCCUCAAUUGGGAUAUGGCACCUGGCAAGCCGCUCCUGGUGAGGUCGGCAAUGGCGUCUACGAGGCACUAAAGAUCGGAUACCGUCAUUUGCUGACGAGAUGUUCCACCAAUCACAGCUACGAAAACCAGAAGGAAGUUGCGCAGGGCAUCAAGCGUGCAUACAAGGACAUUCCAGGUCUCAAGCGUGAGGACAUUUUUAUCACGGGAAAGCUGUGGAACUCCCAACAUGACCCUGCCACUGUAGAGGCAGCUCUCGAUGACACUCUCGCCGAACUUGAGCUUGAGUACCUCGACCUGUACCUCAUCCAUUGGCCUGUCAACUUCGGGCCGGGAAAGAACCCUCACUCGGAUCUUUUCCCCAUGACUUCUGACCCCAAUGAGGUUAACAUUGACAACUCCAUUCCUAACAGCGAGACCUGGAAGGCCAUGAACAAGCUGCCAAAGAGCAAAGUCCGCUCGGUUGGCGUCUCCAACUUCACGUACCAGACUCUGAAGGCUUUGGUUGAGAAGACUGGCCUCGUGCCCGCCGUCAACCAAAUCGAGCGUCACCCAAUCCUCCCCAGCAAGGAGCUUGUCGCUUACGCCAAGGAGAAGAACAUCCACAUCACCGCGUACUCCGCCUUCGGAAACAACUUCUUCGAUAUCCCACUGCUCAUCCACCGCCCUGAGAUCAAAGCAAUUGCGGAGAAGAAGGGCGCCACACCGGCACAGGUCAUUCUUGCAUGGUCUCAAGUCGGCGGCCACUCUGUGAUCCCCAAGUCUGUCACUCCGUCGCGCAUUGCUGAGAACUUCAAGGAGAUUGAGCUGGAUGAGGAGGACAUCAAGGCUAUCACCAAGUUCUCGGAUGAGCACCAGGGAAGGAGAAGGUACAAUGUACCCUACACGGCGAACAAGCCUAGAUGGAGCAUCAACAUCUUCGAUGAGCCAGAGGAGCAGGAGGCGCCCAACAAGGUCGUCUUGUAG